UCCACUAUUAACAACAACAAACGAACAUGCUCCUCUGAAACCAAACCUUUGCUUUAGGUUUAAUUGAACAUAUUGGUACAUUAUGCAGACACAUAAAUACAAUGUGAUAUCACACAAUAUAAAAUACAAAUAAAAUAUAAGAUCAGCCUAACUACAUGGACAGAUGUCUGGUGUCUUGCAGUAUUUCUUAAACUUAGAGAAAAUUAUCCUUUAUUGUUUAUUCAUAAAGAUCAUGAGCCCACCCUGGACCAGGAGGACCCAGUCCUUGUUCAGCCAACUUAUUACCUUACCCAUGCUGGGAGGAUGCUGGUGAGAGAGCUGGCAGUGUUAAACACACAGAUUUUCACGAUGGAGCAGCCUAUUUUCAUCUGUUUCACUCCAGCUAGGAGGAUGGUAUGGGAGGAACUGUCUUCUCAAAAUGAACAGUAUGUGGAUGAGGAGGUUGGGCAGUGGCCCUGUCUGGCUUUAAUCCCUUGGUCUGGACCCUUGCAUGUUCCUGUCUCUCCCAAACCAGUCUACUAUCUCACCCGUGCUGGGAGAAUUCUGGUGAGAGAGCUGGCAGUGUUAAACACACAGACUUCCAAAUUGGUUACUGAGGAGCCUACCUUUCACCUCACUGAAGUGGGGAGGCUAGUGCUUGACGAACUGUCAGCACCUUUAGAUAGCCAUUCACAGCCAAAUAGUGAAGACUCUCGUUUUCCCUAUGAGAAGUUGCAGCUGGCUGGGAACUGGGGUUCGUUUCAUUUCCAUUACUGGAAGAUCCAUUAUGGACGAGUGCAGCAAAAUGAAGAGGACUUGCAUCACCUGUGCAUUGUGAGGGGAGUGGAGAAACAGCUGUGGUGGAGCAGAGUCAUUCAGGAAAAAAUCCUGGACCCAUGGGGUCUUGUCCAGGUGGUCCUCACCAACAAGGGGAGCUGA